GGUGUUGUUGUUGCUGCUCCACUGGGUGUCAACAACAACGGCUCGAAUGGUGUAAAUCUAUUGCCACAAAGUGAGCACCACCCUGGAGUACUGUCAUUGGAUAAUGGUCCGACAAUGGUGAGCAGUAGCUCCUCCAUAUUUGACGGGGGCAUUCCAGUAGCGAAUCUUGUCAGCAAUGAUCAUGAUAACACCAUUCCUGAGGCCGAACCAGAAGACAUUGAAGCACAGAUGGGGCGCAGAAAGCAGAGAGAAAGAAUGAUGCUGAGGAUGGGAGCUUUAUCUCUUGCUUUCUUUCUGAUGGCUCUAGGACUUGUUCUGGUAAUGGUACUAUUCAUGGUUUCAAAAGGUCAAAAGACUGACAUUGAAAGGCCUGUCUCUACAGUGUCCCCAUCGGCUCCUCCGUCAAUGCCCCCUUCUCAGCGGCGACAGAGUGAUAGUGCUCUUCAGUUAUUCGCUAACUACACCAAGGUGAUGCUGGACGACUUGGAGUCAGCCCAGUACCAUGCCUACCAAUGGCUGCUUGAUGACAUUGAAAUGCAUGACAACAGGCUUGCAGAUGAGCGAAUUCUUCAGCGUUUUGCCCUUGCCACAUUGUACAUGUCAACAAAUGGCGACAGCUGGUUCAGAAAUGAGAACUGGUUAAACCAUUCAGUCCAUGAAUGCUUCUGGUAUUCAAAUGACCAGUUUCUGGACUUCGAGGACGAGGAUUAUGAGUAUGUGCAUGUCAUUCACACCAAUCCUUGUGAGAUGGCACCCACAAACAACACAGAUGUGUCAGUUCUUCCGGGAGAGACAGAAGACAUGUAUGUUCAUCUCUGGCUUGCCAACAAGAAGCUAGAAGGCACCAUUCCUCCUGAGGUAUUCUGGUUGACACACCUCAGGAGUAUUUCCUUCUACAACAAUGAUGGUCUUGGGGGCUCCAUACCUUCGUUGAUUAGGCAACUAACCAACCUGGAAGCUAUCAACAUGGGGGGCACAGCAAUCUCAGGUGUUCUGCCCAGCGAGCUAGGCCUCUUGUCAGAUACAAUGCACAGCAUUGCCAUCAUCAAUGCUCAAUUAGAAGGAAGGCUUCCAUCAGAGCUUGGUCUCUUGCACAGGAUGCAUGAUCUCUUGUUGGAUCAAAACGGACUCACAGGAGUUGUGCCUGAAGUGUUAGGCAAUGCAUUUAGCUUGGAAUGGAUCUAUUUGUCUCAAAACUCAUUCACAGGGACCCUCCCAGUCUCCAUGGUGCAAUUACCUUUGCUGCAAGAUUUGUACCUUCAUCAGAAUCAAUUUUCAGGAGCCAUGCCAACUGAGAUUGGCUUGCUAAGUGAUAUCGACCAUUUGGUUGUCUACAGAAACAGAUUCACUGGAACCAUUCCAACUCAGGUUGCUCAAAUGUCAUCUGCUAGCAAUCUUGACUUUGAUGACUGCUACUUUACUGGGACUCUUCCAUCGGAGCUUGGUCUUCUCACCAAGAUGACACAAUUCUGGGCUGCUGGCAACAGUCUAACUGGAACCAUCAGAAGUGAAAUUGCACAGAACCUCAAUCUUGAAUAUUUCGUUGUAUCUGAGAACCAUUUUUCCGGAACAAUCCCUACUGAGUUUGGCCAGAUUGUCAACUUAGACUCAUUGAGUUUGUCAAACAACAACUUGUCUGGGUCACUUCCACAUGGGCUUAGCUCCAACAUCGACUGGUUGGAAGUCUCCAACAACACUCUAUUGACUGGCCCUCUCCCUACAAGCCUUACAAAUUUGAAUUGGGUAUGGCUGACUGGCACUCAGAUCUCUGGAGUAUUGCCAGACUAUGUUUGUGAUAUUGAAACACUGGAGUUUGACUGCAGCUCAAUUCUCUGUGGGUGUGGCUGCAUUUGCAGCAACAACACGAACAGCACAGCAGCUAACAUUCUUGCCAGAAACAAUGAUACUCUGGUUUAAGCAGCUGGAGUGGUUGCUCAAUAUUAAAACUUCAUAUAUAUGUAAGAAAACACACUUCUAGAUUUCCCUUAGUCAAUCCGCU